AGUGGGUGGGUGGUCCAGGUGCAUUAACCAUGUUUGUCUUUGUCCGUGGUACUACCAGCAGGUCACACGCUUGGCCCCGCUGCUCUGUGAGAUAGUACAGCAGGCCGUCCCUGAUUAGGUGUGUAGUGAAUGUCCAGGUUGCUGAUCUUCUUCCUCUAUUUGCUGCACCUGUCUCCAACAGUUCUUCAGGCAGUCAUCCUCUUUUUGCUCUCAAGUGUAGUUACUCUCUGUUGACCUGGUGAAACACACUAGACACAGGGUUGUGGUUGAUAUGUGACUCACUUUUCUCAUGUGUUGUUACUGUAGUCUUCUUUGCAUAUAUACAUUAAGUUCAGUAUAAUAGAACAGCACUAAUAGCAAUUCAGGCCUAUAGAUGUAAAGGUGAUUAAAUACACAUGCAUGCAGACCAAAAAAAUCCACAAAAAAACCUAAACCCAACCCCAGAGAUGACAUCAUGCAUUAUGCUGUCACUCGAAUUGUGUGGGGUGUGGUCAAUUUCUACACUUUAAAAACGCCAAAGUGUAAUACUUUUGAGGUAUUUAGAGGUAUGACUUUAAACUCACAUCAGAGAAAUAUUGUGUUCAUGAACGUGACGGAGUUGAAUCUCUCUGAUCGCUGUGAGCAUUUCUCCUGUCCAGAGAGAUCUGUAUCUCCUGCAGUUUAUAUCUUACUGUACGUGUGUUCAGCUGCUGUGGUUCUUCUAACAGUGUGUGGAAAUCUGCUCGUCAUCAUCUCUGUUGUUCACUUCAAGCAGCUUCACACACCGACCAACAUGCUCGUGCUCUCUCUGGCCGUGUCGGAUUUCUUCGUGGGCAUUCUUGUAAUUCCGCUGAUCUUAAUCUGGACAAUUGAGUCAUGCUGGAUUUUGGGUAGAAGCUUCUGCACCAUUUUUUGGAUAAGUGUUGGUUUUCUCACAGUCUUAUCUAUCUCUACUAUUGUUCUCAUCGCUGUGGAUCGGUACGUGGCUCUCUCAAACCCCUUUCUCUACACAAACAAAAUCUCUAAAAGGACUAUGAGCAUCAUGAUUUAUUCUAAUUUACUUUUGUGUCUGACAUACAACAUAGUUUACUACUAUUUUAAUAUAACAUUCACAAGUUACAUAAUGUGUCCUGGAGAGUGUUUUUUCUUACUGAAUGAGGUUUGGUCUGUAAUUGAUCUUGUGUAUUCGUUUAUAUUUCCUCUUUCUGUCAUAAUCAUAUUGUACAGUCGGGUUUUUCUGAUUGCUAAGAAACACGCCACUGCUAUCAGAGAGCUUAAUAAUCACACACGACCUCAAACACAGAAAAUCACCUCCCACUCCAUGAAAUCUGAGAGAAAAGCAGCCAAAAUCCUCGGCGUUUUAGUGUCCGUGUUUCUGGCGUGUUUACUUCCUUAUUUAAUUUACAGUUUAUUAGGUGACGUUAUUGAACUGAAGACAGAAACUAUUCAUAAAGUCUUAAUCAUGAUGUCACUUAAUUCCACCAUUAAUCCAUUUAUUUACGCUCUGUUUUAUCCGUGGUUUAGGAGGUGCAUUAAAUUAAUAAUAACUCUGAAAAUAUUUUAG